AUGCAGUCCUAUUUACGGAUACCCGGCGACGAGACAUGGCCCUCCUCGGCAGACUGGCAAACCCUGAACUCCACCGUGGGCGGGAGGCUGGUCGCCACCAUCCCACAGGCAAGCGUCUGCCACGCCACACCCUACGCAAACUACGACGAGGCGGCAUGUUCAGUAGUCGUCAAGAAUACUGGUCAUGACUACAACGGAAAGUCCACCGGCAAAGGUGCUCUGUCGCUAUGGAUGCGUAAUCUCAAGACCACGGAAACAAUCACAAGCUACCAGAGCAAGGCCUACACAGGACCAGCGAUCAAACUAGGCGCCGGUGUACUGGUUGGAGAAACACAUGAAGCCGCAGCGGCAGAAGGCUACCGAGCAGUCGGCGGCGAGUGCGGCAGCGUCGGGAUCGCGGGGGGAUACUCGCAGGGAGGCGGCCACUCGAUCCUGAACAGCAAGUACGGAAUGGGAACCGACCAAGUCCUGGAGUGGGAGGUCGUCACAGCCCGGGGAGAGCAUCUCAUAGCCACACCCGAACAGAACACAGACCUCUACUGGGCCCUCGGCGGCGGCGGCGGCGGCACGUACGGCGUGGUCCUCAGUAUGACGACCCGGCUUCAUAAAGAUGGCCCAUUCACUGGCGGCUCCCUGGGCUUUACCCUCGAGGAUGCCGGUAAUAACGCGGCAAUCCCUCAAAUCGGGAACAAUAUCGGUGGGGCGUUGGAUCUUGUGCGAGUCGAUAGUGUCUGCGAGGGCAUAUUGCGAGAGGUUUUUGACGAUGAUGUUGUAAUACAAGGAGGUAUACGGUAUGUGCAUGAGGUGGGGGAUAUCGUGAUUCCCCUGGUGGGCAUGGAGAGCUCUGAGUACUUAUUGACAACCAAUGGCGUCGACAAGGUGAAUGGGAACGUGUCGGAAUAUGGAAGACUGACAGGGACGGCAGAGGAGCCGGUGAGCAAGUCCCUUGACGUCCUGCCAAUGCAGGUAUGGAUAAAGAAGGCAGCAGCAGCUGGAAUGCACCCUGCUGUGGCGGAACUGAUACAGGCCAUGGAUGCACCGGGUACUUCAGUGUACCCCAAGUUGCAUAAGAAGACGGCCUGCACGUCAAAUAUUGAAAGUUAG